AUGUCAUCGUCACUCUCUCCUUCCACCCUCGCUCAUGAUCAUCACUCAAACAUAACAUCUCCGCCUCUCAUCCCACGACCGACUCUCUUUGAUUGGAUCAAAGAACAUCUCAUGUACAUGAACAACACCACUCCUUAUAAAAUCAAUAUAUUAAAUUUAGGGAAAAGUAAUAGAAGAAAUAUUCAUUAUGAUCGGUUUCAAUUACAACUACCCUUUUUUGACGAUACGUUGACUUUACACUUAUUUUACGAUGGAAACAAACCCCAUUCACCUUUUGAUUUCCAAAUUAUUUCCGAUGUUAUGAAUGGAUCCUAUUUGCAACAUUUCAUGUUGGACAUUUUCAAACUAAGAUCCAUGGUGGAAUGGAAAGAAUUAUAUUCGAAGUAUUCGUCUCAAAAUUAUCACCCAAUGAACGGUACUGAUCUAACUGCAUCAGUUAUAACAUCAGAAUACAUGUCUCAAUUUACGUUUCGGGUGAUAGAAGAAAUUUUACUGAAUUUGAGAGAUUAUUUCAAAUUAAUGCUAAGCCAUCAUAGAAAUGAAAACAUUAAAUUUGAGUUUGAAACAAGUGCUACCCUUCCUGGUGUCACUUAUUAUAUCAAAGAGUUCAAAAGUGAUAUCUCCACAAAUGAAGAUGCCUCUAUAAUGGAAAAGAUUUAUUUUUCCAUUCCGCUUUCAAUAAGUGGGAUUGAUAAAAUUGAGGAAUAUCAGCGACUGUUUGAUCCCACAUCUAUAGAAUUACCAGAUGCGAAACCUAAACUUUUGAUAUAUUAUAUAUUUGAUAAGAGUAGAAAUUUUGUUGUGAAUGUAAACACUGAAAUUAUUUAUCCUGGCAAUGUGCAGAAUAAUAAGAGACUUGAAUGGCUAACACAGAUAGCACCUCCUGCAUGGAAUCAAGGAAAGUCGUGUAUAUUGGAAUAUCUUUCUGAAUCCACAGAAAAGAUUGAAGCAGAGGUUGAAAAACAUAACGCAAAAGUCAGAACGCGACUCGAAUUUAUCAAACAAUUGCUUGCAGCUUUUGGAAACCCUAUCGAUUUUGCUGAGAGUGAUACGCUAUCCAAAAUUUCCUUCCUUAUGGAACAAAAUCAGUUUAUAUUCUUUGUUCACGUGACCAUAGAGAAAGACACCUUUCCCACAACCCUACCAUUGAUUAGAUUGCAGUCUUCACAGCACCUAAAGAGCUCAGAAAAGAUUAGCUCCAAAAUUUUGCCUGUGCGAGUCAGGAUUCAGCAAUUAAAUUGGAUUGAAGGAAACACAUCUGAGGUGAUGGCACAAAAUGUGGAAGGUAUUCGAACACAAAUUUGUAUGCUACUAGGUGACUUUAUUAAAGUAUGCGAGUCCAGCGUUUGA